CAAGAUGACGGAAAAGUACGACGCCAACUCUGCGCCUCAGUACGGCGCUGCCCCUGCCGCCCUUCCUCGUGAGCACAGCGCAACUCACCAGCACAAUGCCUCUCACUCUCACGGAGCAGGUCACUACAGCGGACAAGGUGUUAGUGGUAUUGGCUCGCUGGGCACAACUGCAGGUUACACGCCCGGUAACUUUCAGCAUGCUCAUAAUCCUGCUGAUGCCGCCGCACCGCCACAGGGUUACCCGCAGCAGCAGCAGGGCUUUGCUCCUCAGCAGCAGCAGCACCAACAACACUAUGGCAUCGAUGAAGGCGUCGCGUACCAACAGAACAUGAUGGCCCAAUGCGCGCGCGGAAACCACACGAUGGACACAAAGUACGGAGUGGUGGGCAUCAUCAUCGCGAUCCUUUGCUGCCCCUGCGGUCUCAUUGCACUUUGCAUCGACCGCAAGAAGGUCUGCACACGUUGCGGUCACCAAGAGCACUAGGGCGCGCCUCCUCCCUCUCUGUCUCUCCGCGAUCUAGGGUGAACGUUGCCCAAGGUAGGCGCAAGAGCGGCCCCAUCUGUUUAUGCCCUGGUGAAGAGCUCCGAAUACCCCCCUCAGCGCCGACGCCCACGUCCGUGCGCUUCACUCUCCUUUGCUCUGCUUUCCGGGAUUCAUCCUGAUCACUGCCGGCCCGCGACUAGCUUGAUUCCCAAUCUCGCCCUGGGCUGUCGUCAAGCACCAGCUCCCCUGAUGCAAGCUGCAGCGUCUUCGAGAUGUGUAAUAAUAUCCGCUUUGCCCCUUCUGCUC